UCGAUACAUUUCCACUGAAAUCCUCUUCGGACAGAAAGACAGAGAGGGAGAAAUCACCACCGCGAAAAAUGGCUUCCUUCGACGCGUUCAGCAUGGACGGCGACGAUCUCCACGCCCCCAACAGCCACUUUGACCAGGACGAUGUCGUCGUCGAGAGCUACGCUGACUACGGCUCCUACACUGACCCCGCUGCCGCCGCCCCUGCCUCCCCGGAUGUUUUCGGAUUCGAAGAUCCCAGCCCCAACUACUCCCACUCCACUCCUUUCGAUUCCGUUCCCGUUGAGAACGGCAACGGCAAUGGCUACGGCGUCGGCGAGAACGGAAUCGACGAUGGCGUCUUCACAUCGGACGGUCCCGUGCUCCCGGAACCUAGCGAGUUUGUCGAGGAAGGUGCAGCUCUUCGUGAGUGGCGCCGUCAAAAUGCAAUCCUACUUGAGGAGAAGGAGAAGAGGGAGAAAGAACUGAGGAACCAAAUUAUUGAAGAGGCUGAGGAGUUCAAGCAUGCAUUCUACGAGAAAAGGAAGCUUAACGUUGAGACCAACAAGGUCGAGAACAGAGAAAAGGAGAAGUUAUUCUUGGUUAAUCAAGAGAAUUUCCAUAAAAAUGCUGACAAGCAAAGUUGGAAAGCAAUCGCGGAGCUCAUUCCUCACGAGGUUCCCAACAUUGAGAAGAGGAGAGGCAAGAAGGACCAGGAAAAGAAACCAGGGAUCCAAGUCAUUCAGGGCCCAAAGCCUGGAAAACCCACUGAUCUUUCGCGUCUGCGGCAAAUACUCGUGAAGCUGAAGCAUAAAACUCCACCUCACAUGAUUCCACCCCCACCCGCUCCAGCCAAAGACGCCAAAGACGCCAAAGAUGGGAAGGCUCCUGCCAAAGAUACCAAAAAUGUAAAGGAUGCAGCACCAAAAGCUAAUGGGUCUGCAGAAGCUGAGGUGCCUGCUUCAGAAGCCAAGGAUGCCACCUCCAAUAGUUCUUCAGAUGCACCCGAACAAGCCGCUCCGGCACCUACUGAGGAACUCACUGCUUGAUUUGAUUCCUUCCGUAUUUUAUUGAUCGAUUUUAUUAUUUUUGAGAUUCUAAUUAACUAUCGGCUACGUAUCGCCGGAUUCAUUUGCUACCGCUUAUCAGAAUAUUGUAAUAUUUGGCUUUUGAGAUUUGGAAUUUUCAUUGUUUACACACAUUUUAUGAAUAUUACUUUUUUGGACCA